UCUCCCUCCCUCAGUCGUGAGCACGCUUGUUUAUCUCUGGUCGAGGCAGGCGGAAGCGGCAAAGCAGACGCUCUGAUGCCGCUGUUAAUGUCGCCCUCAGGUCAUAAAAAUCGACCCACCUAGCCUACUUACGAGUUUGAUAGCGACGUAAGUGCGACAGUUAUUCUGACAGAGACGAAAACGGCAGCGCGACGAAAGAAACACCUCAGCUAACUCGCUAGCACCCUGAGGCGUUCUGUCAGACGGCGGCAGUGAUUGGCGCGCUCACACACUCCCGGGCGAUGACGUAAGCAGCCAAAAAUAAGCGCCGUAUAAAACGAAGAGGCGAGAUGACCGCAGUCGAGCUUGUACAGGCAACCAGGAGCUGUGUGUGGUAUAUAGUUGUUGGCGUGGGUGAGUCUAGGCGCCGGAUUUUCACACGUACUAAUAUGAUCUUAUAGUUAUUGUGGUACGUGUUUUAACGUCUAGUAGGCUGUACAUUUUGGACGUAGCUCACAUGCUCUUUGUCCUCUUCUGUUCCAGCUGAAGGGUGAAGCAUUUUUUAAACAGUGCUCAAUGUGUGGGGCAGAAGGAUAAUAAUGACAAGAUGAAAGGCAAAAAUGUUUGAAUCCUUUGAAAAGAGGAGCACCCUAGCUGAAGACAUGCAGUCCUUCAGAGAGCGGGGUGGUUUCCAGGGCAACCAGCGCUGCUAUCAGCAGGAACCCCAUGAAUUAUCUCGCCUUGAGAAUUACAGACAUCACAGCCAGACCGGACAGGGCUAUGAGGUGCACGCUCUUUCUGCUGCAGGGAUGCCAACAGCAGGAACAAGCUCUAAGGACUGUUAUGGGCAGCAGCCCUACCCCAGCUAUGGCAGCAGUUCAGCUCAGAGCAAGAAAUCAUACAGAGGAGGAAAAGCUCCAAGCCAGCACCUGCAGGCUGGCUACAGUAGCCACAUGAAUUCUGGAUAUUCAUCCCAGUACAUGAGUGAGGGACACUUGCAACAGAAGUGGGAUGAGUCUGGUCAGAUAUCUCAGUAUGAACAGGACAUUGUGGGUCAUCUUGAGCCUGGAGCCAGUGGUGCAUCCCAAUACCUUGAGCAGAACAUGCUAGCCAUUUCUCAAAGCCAGUGCCAUCUCCCCUCCCAACCCUCUGCACCUGUAUAUACAAGCCCCCAUCAGCAAGGUCAUCCUCCCAAUCCUACUCCAUCUCCAUUAAUGUACCCACAGAGCCACAUUCAUUUCCCUCAACACUCCCAACCACCCUCCUCCACCUCAUCAUCUUACUUGGAGAAAUGCAAUCCAAUUCCUCAUGGCUACAAAAGUGGCUACGGAAUGCCACUUAAUGCCCAGUAUUCAAGGCAGAUGGGUAACCACAGUAGUCUGAAGCAGAGCAGCUAUCGGCCACAGAAUAAUUAUGGCUACCAACAGCCUCCUUCAAGAGGUGGGUUUGAACAGCAGGCUUCCUUGCAGGGAAUGUCGGGUACACCAGAGAGUCUUCAAAAGUUCCCACAUUAUAAUCAGCCCCAACAAAACUACUGUAUAACCGAUCUUUCUGUGAGGUCACCUGAACAGUAUUACCAGAACUGCAGUCCAAGCUCCAGCCACUCACCUGCAAGGUCUGUGGGUAGGUCACCCUCAUAUAGCUCCACACCUUCUCCCUUAAUGCCCAAUCCUGACACAUUCCAGUAUGGCCAACCAAUCAACCCUUCCUCUUCUUCUGUGAAUCUACAAGAUCCAAGCAUGUUAAUGCCUCCACACACCCACCCAUCCCCAAGUGUUAAUCACCAAUCUCAGAGCUACUCCAGUUCUAUGAAGGACCGUUUUUCUGAGAAGCUUUUUUCUAACCCGAGCUUGUGGAGCCUUAAUGCUCUGACAUCUCAGGUAGAGAACAUCUCCAACAAUGUCCAACAAUUAUUGCUCUCAGAAGCUCUUAUGGCCAACAAAAAAGGUAACAAGCGAAAUCAGCCAAAAAAGGGAGAGGAAUAUAGGGGUAACUUAAAGGCAAUGGAGGACUCUCCAUGUCCUGAUAGUCAACAAGGUCCUCUCCCCAGUGAUUCUUAUGGCACCCCUAGAUCUAUGCCAGCUGAUCUACUAGAAGUAGGAUACUCCAGCAGCACUGAAGAUCAGAUGGAACGUAACUACUACUACUUUGGUCAGGGCAAAGGUCCAACACAUGCUUCAGCACAUUCUCAAUUGAGUCUGGACGCAGUUUCUACCUGCUCCAUGAACUCAACAGAUGACAUGUCUGUCAGGUCAGGUGACUCAGAUCGGAGUAUACAUAGUGCCGCCUCUGAAGAUAAUCUUAGCUGUGACCCUAGGGUGCAGAGAGUGCCAUUUGGAGAGGAGCAGCACAGUUCUCUUAGAAACAUUAGAAACGAAAGGUCCCCGAUUAGUGUAACAGCUCCAAGCCCAAUGAAGCAGGAAAGUAAUUCUCCAAUAGGCAUAAAGCAAUCUGAGAGUACUCAGAAGGAGAAUUUUGAGGAAUCUGCCUGGACUGAGAGGAUAACUGAUGAAAAAGAACUUGGAAAAAUGAAGCUGGCCACAGAACAUAAAUGCAAAGGAGAAGUUUUUGAGGCAUCUGAGAAACGACAGGAAUGGUUAGAGGAUGAGAAGUGCCCCACCUUUUUUCAUAAGUUAAAUAAAGAAGUGUCAAAUGAAAGCUACUCUUAUGAAACAGAAGACAGCAUCUAUCAGAAACUGAAAACCAAAUAUGAGACAGAGGAAGAUGACUUUGCUGGGAAGUGUUGUGACACCAGCAGCAAAGGAAAUGAAGAUUCAGAAAAGAAAUCUGAAAUGUUCAAAUCACAGAAUAAUGGCGAGGACCCUAUAACAGCAUCACCAGCUAUUUCAAAAGAUGUGCCUGAGUCCAAUCUAUAUUUGCCUAGGAAAGAGGAAAACUCAGAAACAACCCAUCUCACCUCUGAGUGUGAAUCUUCAAAGGAAAGACUGUCAACCUCUGAGAGACAGAAUGAUGUCUUUGAGGAGCAACAGUCUGCCCUAUCCUAUUCAGUCUCUAAAGUAAGAGAGAAAGGAAGUCUGACAUCCAAUGAAGAUGUGAUUAAUAAUAAAGCAAAACUAGAAGAGUUCUCUUCAGAGGCCUGUAAUAAUCAAGGGGAGACAGCAAGUGGACCACUUCGUGUCAACACCGAAAUAGCUGAGACCCAUGUCCAAGAUAUAGCCCACAGAAGCAGUGAAAGGGCAUGUGACAUUGCACCUCAGUCUCACACUGUCAGGAGUGGCUUCUCAGCUCUCAAUGAGAAAACAACACCUCAGAAUCAGGCGAGGGAUCACAUUGAUCACAAUGAUGCAAAAGUGCUGGAGCCUGACUCCCCUCAGUUGCCAGGCAAGUCAAUAAUAUCUUCCGCACCAUCUUGGGCUGAUACUCCACCAUCCCCACAGAAAGGUGAUGAGGAUGUGGAACCAGGUUUAAGCUGUCCCAGUGCAACAAAACCAGAGCCCAUGGCCCCUUCUGCACAUCCAAGACUAUUGGGCAGAAAGCAUGCAAGGGGUAGGAGAAGAUUAAUUCAUUCAAAUGCAGGGAUGAGGAGUGUGGAAAGGGAUGAGGCUCCACCAUCUCCUCAAAAGCCCAGCAUGCUCUCAAGUAACAGUGCUAUCUUAUCUGAUCGGAUGGAGGCUGUUCAGCUGGACAUUAGCAGUCAAACACCAAAACUUCUGACAGAAGGUUUACCAUCCCGUAUGUGUACUCGUUCUUUAGGGUCGCAAAGUACCCCAAAGGUUUGUUCUCAAGAGAGAAGAAAACCAGGUCCAAAACCCAGUUCAAAACCAGGACCAAAACCUGUCACUAAGCCUGGCCUAAAACCUAGUUCAAAGCCUGUUUUAAAACCAGGUCCAAAACAAGGCCUAAAACCUGGACCAAAACCAGGACCAAAGCCAAGUCCCAAACCUGGUGCAAAGCCUUCUUUGAAGUCUGGUCCAAAACAGAACUCAAAACCAGGUCCAAAACCUGUGGCUGUGCCAAGUGUAAAACCUAGUCCAAAGCCUGGCCCAAAGCCUGCUGCUAUACCUGCUCUGAAACCUAGUCCAAAACCUGGUUUAAAGCCUAGUCCAAAACCUGGUUUAAAGUCCACAGAAGGAGUAACGCCUAAGGGCCCUGGUCGGCCAAAAGGCCUCACCUCCAGGAUCAAAUCAAUGAAAUAUGAAAAUAAUAUAGAUGCCAUCACAGAACAUAUAGAAGAUACAAGCUGCAUAAGUGAAAACCCUGAACAACAAGAAAACACUGCAGUCACUCUGGAAACUGUUGUUGGUACUACUUUGUGCACUUCAAUAGAAAGCACAAUAGGUUCCACUUUGGACACUGCGUUGGAUGUUUCUUUUGUAAAUUCUGUAGCAAAGGAUCAGAAGUCCAUGGUAUUAAGAUCUCGGAAGCAAACACGGGAAAAGACAACAGAAGACAAGGAGAAAGAGAGAGACACAUCAACUGAGACAUCAGCAAUAAAACCCAUUGAGUCACAUAUACAGAAAGUGGCUCAGCCCUGUGAGAACCUAACAUCAACCUUAAUAUCAUCCAACUAUGAGGAUAUCUGCACAGAUUCACUUAGUCAACUUAAUGAGCAGAUUGUGUCAGUUUCAAUCAAGAGAAAAUCUAGUUUACAAGUCCCAGACCCUGUCAAGAAAAAGAAAGGUCUGAAAGUUAGUCAAACAAAAACACAGGAACCUCACCCAGAGGAGUUAGUAUUGGAAGCCCAAGGAUCAAAGGGAAGGCGAAAGCGAGGCAUUAAAUUAGAACCAUCUGCUUGCAGCACUUUGACCAAAGAUAAUGUUCCCUUGGAAGAUAUCAGUGACACACCUUGUGUGGCUCCUCAGUGUCCUACUAAAACAAAAUAUCUGCCUCCUAGGAAAGGCAGAGGACUAAAAUAUGAAGCAAUGGUUCAGAAAAUCACAUCCCCAGCAUCCAAAAAACAACCUCUAAAUAUCCAACCAGAUGUUGUGCUAGAAGAGUUAGCAACAAAGCCAUCACCAGAACUACAUGUAACAGAAAAAAGAAAGACAGUAAACACUACAAUGGUAACACCAGAGGAGGGUGAGAGCACAGUAAGCAUUGAGGAGACUCCAGACACAGCAGGUAUCCAAACUCCUCGAAAGAAGCGCAGAAAGUGGGCCACAGUGGAGAGCACGGACACACCAGAUAUAGCAUUGGAGACUGGGAGCCUCAUUAUCAACACACCAAGGCUAGCCAAACAGAGAGCCAUUAAAAAUAACCACGAGAUGCAUCUGAAGCAGCGGAAGAAGAGAAGAAAAAGCACCGAGCUUGCAAAGAGUGUGCCAAUUGUGGAAACACAUGAGCAGACUAAUGUGUUCAUCUCUCCCGCAGCACCUCCACCAUCACCACCACCAACUUCCUCAUUCAUUCUAAACACAGAACAGAAGACAAAGAUUGAACAGCUUUCAAUAGAAAUAGGCUCAACAGUAAUUAAACCGAAAAGAGGCAGGCGGCCAUCACUUAAAAAGAAACAGGAAGACUUCAGUCAGCAAAUAGGAAAUGAAGAAGGUCUAAAGGUAAAAAAAAAGCCUGGACCUAAAAAAAAGAUCCAACAGAAUAACAACGGCACCAUCAAGGUCACCGUAAAGAGACUUAAGACUAAAUUAAAAUGCAAAAAGGAAUGUAUUCCUACUGUGAAAGGGAUAGUGUCAGAUUUUUUAAAAAUGCAAGAAAGUGAAGGUAAGCAUUCUUUCAAACCAUAUGUACGCAUUGACAGCUCCAAAAAGCUUGCUUCCCUUUGCACAAUCAUAAACAAACCUGAGGAAGAGCAUCUGCUCAUCCAGACAAGAAAAAAGAACUUGGAAAAAAACAAGAUAAUACCAAACUCAUCAAUAAUGCUCCAGGGCCCCUUAGUUAACAGAAGCCUAACCGACAGGUGUCUAAUAUGCUGCCUGUGUGGAAAGCCAGCAAAUUACAGAGAGCUUGGGGAUUUGUGUGGCCCAUACUACUCUGAGAACAACAUACCACGGAAAACACUGUCUUUAACGUACCAUGAAGACUUCAGGCAAAACAGAGACAGAGAUCAAGACGAGGUGGCCAUAUGCAGUGCUGAGCAACUCAAUGAUAUGAAGAGAGGGGGAGAAAAAGACUUACUUCAGGAAGGGACAAGUGAAGGAGAUUGCAGGCAGGUGAUGAGAGAAAGAAGGGCACAACUUAAAAGUCAUCUUGGCUUGCGGACGAGGUUCAAAAGACUGCAGCUGUUGCAAGGGAGAGCUGGUGGAGGAGUUCCCCCUGCUGGUGAGGAGGGCUCUUACUCUGUUCUACAGAGGUUACAGCUGGAGGCUGAGGUUAAUGAGCACUGGGCACAUGAGUCCUGCGCUGUCUGGACCAGUGGUGUGAUCCUCAUCGCAGGCAAACUUUGCGGACUUAAGGAAGCUGCACAGGAAUCUACACUCACAAAAUGCUCUAAGUGCCAGAGUGAAGGAGCCUCCAUCAGCUGCAGCUGGAAGAGCUGUAUUCAUAAAUACCACUAUGUCUGCGCCAAAGAGACAGGCUGCACAUUCGAUGAAGACACUUUCUCGAUAAAAUGUCCAAAACACCAGGCUAUGUAAUAUAGGAGUUCAAAGACUUUUAACAAGCACGGAUGUACAUCUGCCUGCGUAACACUGAACUGACUGAAACUGAAACUGGCUUCAGCUGAAGCACAAGGUACUGUAGCAAUACUGACCUGAGACCAGAUCAUCUCUGCAUCCAAACUACAAGGCCCUGAGCUACCCGCUUACAAUCUGUCCCCUGCAGCAUCUACCGCCUGCCUGGGCAGCUCCUCUAUGAGAAAAAAAAUAAAUAAACAGGAGCCAUUGGUCAAAAAAAAAACCUGAAUGUGCCACUCAUCCGUUUGAUUCCUUUUUUUCCUCCCCAAUCUUUCUUUUCUGGAAGGGAUGCUAUCAGUCGGAGACACCUGGAGGCAGAUUUGGCUGGCGGCCCUCUCUAGCGGCCCGAGCCCUGCCACCGUUUGGCACAGAGGCAUGCCUGGUGAUUUUGAAAGGCAUUCAGAUUUGAAGAUGUCAUGCAUCAAGCACCCACUGGAUGUAAUUCAAUAUCUGCUUACGUGUUAUUAAAAAAAAUGUACAUGGUGUGCUAUACAGGUCUAAAUAUUCUGAAAAAGUCAAAAUAUUAUUUUAUUAUGAUGCUCUUCCAAGAUGUAUUUUGAUGUGCGUUUGCAAACACAUGGCACCACUUAGACGGCGCUGGUAUCUGUCCAAAUCUGUGUUCUCCAGAAACAAUGCAGCAGUAUGUACAGGUCUGCACCUUAAACAAAUUAAGGGCCUUUCUUUACUGAAGACUGUUUCGUUUUAACAUUGACGUGAAAGUCACCGGACCUGAAAAUGAAGCCGGAGAGAACGACGCUAAAGAACCUUAAAUGAAGCGCUUUAUGUUCACCACUAUGCUGUACGUGACAAACACAAUAUUGUAGGCUAUUUUAUGUUACUCCACAUUCAGCCCAUUACAGUAUUACCACAAAUGAUUAAGUUAAAGUUAUUCUUACAAUGAUUAAUUCAAAGUAAUUGUGUAUAUAAGUAUUUGCUGCUGUUUAAAUGUAAGAUGUGAUGUACUAUUAUAAUGGUGUAUAGUAUUUCUUAGAGAUGUUUAUUUUCUAUAAAACAAAUAUGUUAUUGCCUUUAAAAUGUUAUUAAAAACAAUGAAUUCAAAUGCCUUUUUUCAGAAUUGUAUUUGUCCACAUUACCCAUAGGAUUUAUUGCAAUGUUUUGAUGUUUUAAGAGAUGUUUGGAAUGUUAUUUGUAUUGCUGCCAUCAAAUACACUGGAUUUGUGAACAUCCGCCGGUGUCUUUGCCAUUGAGAUACAACUUGUGGUUUAUAUUCCCUUCUUGUGCUAUUGUGAUUCUGGGAAGAAGAAAGAAACAAAAAAAAACAAUCCACAGCCAUUAUCCUCCAAAGAUAUCUCCAGCACACUACUAAAAAGUCAAAAUGACAUUUAAAAGCAGAUAGAAUCAAGGAGCUGAUACAGCAUCAUUGACGCUGUAAUGUUAUGACACAUUAUGUCAUGUUAGCAAUGCUAGCAAUGUUAGCAUGUCAUGUUAGCAAGCUAGUAAAAUAAUGGCGCUAUGUGAUUCUCUCAAACCUUGUGAAAGGUUUGCUAGCUGAGUUCAAGUUAUACAGUCAAGUGCAAACAUUUGCAUAGAUAUGAGAUAAAAUAAGGACAAAGGAAUGUUAAAUAUUAAAAACUUCAAAUAAUUU